AUAAAAUUAAAUAAAAUAAUAAAUAUAAAUAUACAAAUAUUUAGCUAGAAAUAUCUCUUCUCCUCAAAAUUUAGAAGAUGGAGUAUUUAAUUUGACAAUGGAAUAAUCUGAUUUGGAAUAUGAACGUCUAGUUAUGAAAUCAUUAAGAUAUUAUAAUGAGAAAUUAGAAAAAGAGGAAGAAAUUGAAAGGUUUAUAUAAAAUAAAUAGAAAUAAUAACAAUAAUAAAUAAUAGAAACAAAUAUUAUAUAACUUCGAAAGGAAGAAUUAAAUUAAAUAUAAGUUAAAAAUAAAAAUGUUAAAGAUAAAGUAGAAUCGGAAAAACUAUUUUUAAAUAAUUUUGAUUUUUAUCAAAAAUUACGCGCAAAAAUACUAAAAAACGAAAACCAUAUAAAUGAAACUUAAUUUUUUUUUAUUCUAAAAUUUUCGAAAAAUAGCUUUUGGAAAAAAAUUUUUAUAAAAGAGAAAAACCAUAAAGAGAACAUGAAAUUAACUCUUUUAAAAAAUUUGAUGUUGAAUUUAAAAAAGAAUAAGAAAAUAAACGUAAGGAAAAACAUAGAGAAUUCCUACAUUAAUUAUUUAUUCAUUAAAGUUAAUUUUUCGAAUAUCAUAAAAAAGUUCGUAAACAAUCAAAAAAAAGGGCAAAUAAUGCGCGUUAAUAUACUGAAAAUUAACAAUAAAAACUAUAAUAAUAAAAAGAAAAAGAAGCCAAAGAACGUGUUUAAGUUUUAAAAUCUAAAAAUAUGGAUGAGUAUAUAGAAUUAAUUAAAAAUAUAAAACACACCCGAAUCCUUGAUUUACUAAAAUAAACCGAUAAUUUUCUAAGAGAACUUGGAGCUAAAAUUAAGGCUUAAAAAGGUGAUUAAAUGAAUGAAAACGAAGACGAAGAAUUAUAAUUUGGUACACAAAGUGAUAAUUAUGCGGCUAAUUUAAAAAACUCAAAUAAAGUAUAUUAUAAUCUAUCUCAUAGAAUAAAGGAAUAAAUUGAACACUAGCCGAAUAUUUUAGAAGGCGGAAAAUUAAAAAACUACCAAUUAUUAGGUUUAUAAUGGCUAAUAUCUCUAUACAAUAAUAAAUUAAAUGGAAUACUAGCCGAUGAGAUGGGCUUAGGCAAAACUAUAUAGACAAUCGCUCUUUUUGCAUAUAUAAUAGAAGUUAAAAAAAACAAUGGACCAUUUUUGGUAGUCGUGCCUUUAUCUACAAUGUCAAAUUGGGUACUCGAAUUCGAUAAAUGGGCGCCUAAAAUAAAAAAAGUAGUUUAUAAAGGAUCGCCCUAGAUAAGAAAGGAAAUCGCAAAAGAAUUAAAAAUUACUAAAUGGAAUGUAUGUAUUACUACUUAUGAUUAUAUUUUAAAAGAUAGACUCACUUUGCAUAAAUUCGAUUGGAAAUAUAUAAUUGUAGACGAAGGACAUAGAAUGAAGAAUUCCAAGAGUAAAUUUGCUAGCAUUUUAGGAUAGUAGUAUGUUUCGGAUUAUAGGAUAUUGUUAACUGGGACUCCUUUAUAGAAUAAUCUGGCAGAAUUAUGGUCUUUGUUAAACUUCUUAUUGCCUAAAGUUUUCUCUUCGUGUGAGGAUUUUGAAAAAUGGUUCUCAUUGCCCCUCUCGAAGUUCGGGUAGGAGGCCUAAAAGGAAAGCUCAUUGACGGAAGAGGAAAAUCUGUUGAUUAUUAAUAGAUUACAUCAGGUUUUGAGGCCUUUUUUGCUCAGAAGAGUGAAGAAAGAAGUAGAGAGUGAGCUUCCUGAUAAGGUCGAGUAUAUAAUAAAGGUUGAACUGAGUGAAUGGUAGAAGAUUAUGUUCAAGAAGAUUAAUGAGAGGAGUAAUUAGGAAGAAGAUGAUAAUUUCUAGUCAAAAUAAGGUACAAAAGUACUAAUGAAUCUGAUGAUGUAGCUAAAAAAGGUAUGCAAUCACCCCUAUCUAUUCAUAAACUCAGAUGCAUAUUAAAUAGACGACAUGAUUUGGAGAGUUUCAGGUAAAUUCGAGCUUUUAGAUAGGAUGCUAUAUAAACUAAUUAAAUCAGGACAUCGUAUUUUAAUUUUUACUUAAAUGACUAGAGUUAUGGAUUUAAUGGAGGAAUAUUUUAAACUAAAAAGUAAUUAUAUUUGUCAUUUAAGACUAGAUGGAACUACUUCAGCAGAUGAUAGAGCGUAAAAAAUGGCUCUUUUUAAUUAGGCUAAUAGUCCAAUUAAUGUUUUUAUACUUUCUACUAGAGCAGGUGGACUAGGAUUGAAUUUGUAAACAGCAGAUACUGUCAUUAUUUUUGAUUCAGAUUGGAAUCCGUAAAUGGAUUAAUAAGCUUAAGAUAGAGCUCAUAGAAUAGGAUCGAAAAAUGAAGUUAGAGUAUAUAGAUUAAUCACUAAUACAUGGAUUGAGGAAGAAAUUCUAGCUAAGGCAGCUUAUAAAAUGGGACUAGAUGAAGUUUAUUUUAUAAAAAUAUAUUAUUUUUAAAAAAUUUUAUUGUAUUUUAGAUGAUUAUUUAGGCGGGACUUUAUAAUUAAAAAAGUACAGAUAAUGAUAGAAAAGAAAAAAUAGAAAAUUUGUUGAGAAAAAGAAAUAGAUAUGAUGGAGUAGAUGAUGAAAUUCCAAAUAAUGAGUAAUUAAAUGAAAUGUUAGCGAGAAAUGAUGAUGAAUAUUAACUUUUUAUUAAUAUUGAUUAUGAAUAAAUUUAAUAAGAACUAUAAAGAUAUGAAAUGAUAUCAUCAAAAGUUUUAAAAGAUGAAGAAGAUAAUAAUAUUAAGGUUAAUUAUAGAUUAUGUACUUUAGAUGAAGUUCCUGAUUUUAUAAAGGCUUAGGUAUAUUUACAUAAUAUUAAUAUUAAUUUUUAUAUUUUAUUUUAAUAGCCUAGUUUAAAAAAUGAUAAUAAACAAUAUGGAAGAGGCACUCGAGAUAGAAAAUAAAUAAAUUAUUGUGAUGAUUUAACUGAAUUAGAAUUUAUGAAAAUGGUUGAUAGUGGAAAAAACCCAGUAUAUUUAUAUUUAUUUUUUUUAUUUAAUUUUUUAUAAAUAUAGUAUUCUAGUGAAAAUAAUGAUAAAACAAAUUAUUAUGAUGAAAAUAUUAAUAAUGGAGAUGAAAUUAUAUAGGAAGAUAAUGAAAUUUAUAAAGAUGAAAGUAGUUCUAUAUCAGAAGAA